CCACCCACCCCCAAACGUUCCUCUGCUGGCGGUGAACUCCGGCUCUGCAGCAGCGUGCGACGCCCCCGCUGCGUGCUGCUGACGGAGGUGGAAGGGGAAUGCUCAGCGGACGGAGGUGCGAGGUCCGAUGAGCGCGAUGAGCGGACAGGAGAAAUGGGUCACGCUGACCCCGGCUGAAUUCGCCCUGCUGCAGGAGUACGCUCAGUACUCGACCAAGAAGCUGAGGGAUGUGCUGCAGGAGUUCCAUGGAGAUGGUGUGUUGGCUAAAUACAAUCCGGAGGAGAAGCAGGACAUCCUCAGCCAGGACAUUGACUUUGAGGGCUUCAAGGUCUUCAUGCAGACGUUCCUGGAGAGCGAACUCCCCGAAGAGUUCUGCCGACACCUCUUCAUGACGUUCAGCAACAAGGGAGCCGAACCUGGCCCCUCGUCUUCCGACAGGCCCAGAGUCCCCGGGCUGAAGCUGAUCAAAGGCAGCUCGACCCCCGCGAGGGCCGCCUCCCCGCCCCCGCCUCUGGAGACGGUGCAGCUGAAGGACAUCGUGUGUUACCUCUCUCUGCUGGAGGGAGGGCGUCCCGAGGACAAGCUCGAGUUUAUGUUCCGCCUCUACGACACCGACGGCAACGGGUCCCUGGACAGCUCGGAGCUGGAGCACAUCAUCUCCCAGAUGAUGCAUGUGGCCGAGUACCUGGAAUGGGACGUGACCGAGCUGAAACCAAUCCUCCAGGACAUGAUGCAGGAGAUCGACUACGACCGCGACGGCACCGUGUCGCUGGAGGAGUGGAUCCAGGGGGGCAUGACCACCAUCCCGCUGCUGGUGCUGCUGGGCCUGGAGACGAACGUCAAGGAUGACGGGCAGCACGUGUGGAGGCUGAAGCACUUCAACAAGCCGGCCUACUGCAACCUGUGCCUCAACAUGCUGAUCGGACUGGGGAAGCAGGGGCUCUGCUGCUCAUUCUGCAAGUACACGGUCCACGAGCGCUGCGUGGCUCGCGCUCCGCCGUCGUGCAUCAAAACAUACGUCAAGUCCAAGAAGAACCCGGAGGUGCGUCGGGUUGGAGUGGAUGAGGCGCCUCUUCUCCUGCAGGGAUUAAAAAACGACCCAAUGUGCCACGGGGCGUUGCUAAUGGCCAGGACGAGUUGUGAUAUUUGUCCCGCUGUUCCAGAUAAGGCCAACCUGGACAGGAACCCCCCCGUGUGCAUACUUCCUCUGGGCACGGGCAACGACCUGGCCAGGUGUCUGCGCUGGGGAGGAGGCUACGAGGGCGAGAGCCUCCUGAAGAUAACGCGCGACAUCGAGAACAGUUCGGAGAUGAUGCUCGAUCGCUGGAAGAUCGACGUCACGCCCGCCGACAAGGAGGAGCGAGGGGACCCGGUGCCGUACAGCAUCGUGAACAACUACUUCUCCAUCGGAGUGGACGCCUCCAUUGCGCGUCGCUUCCAUGUGAUGAGGGAGAAGCAUCCUGAGAAGUUCAACAGCAGAACAAAGAAUAAGCUGUGGUACUUUGAGUUCGGCACUUCGGAAACCUUUUCGGCCACGUGUAAGAAGCUCCACGACUUCCUGGAGGUUGAGUGUGACGGUGUUACUUUGGACCUCAGCAGCAUCUCCUUGGAAGGCAUUGCCAUUCUCAACAUUCCCAGCAUGCACGGCGGGUCCAACCUUUGGGGUGAGAGCAAGAAGAGGAGGGGUAACCGCAAGGGGGGCAAAAAGAGCCAAGACAAGAGGGCACCAGUGCUGGACCCCAAGGAGCUCACGUUUGCAGUCCAAGACCUGUCCGACCACCUGCUGGAGGUGGUGGGGCUGGAAGGAGCCAUGGAGAUGGGUCAGAUCUACACCGGCCUGAAGAGCGCUGGGAGGCGCCUGGCGCAGUGCUCCUCCGUGACCAUAAGAACCAGUAAAUCGCUCCCCAUGCAGAUCGACGGGGAGCCUUGGAUGCAGACUCCCUGCACGAUCGAGAUCGUCCACAAGAACCAGGCCCCCAUGCUGAUCGGACCGCCGCAGUGCCGGAGCUUCCUCUCCUCCGUCAUCAGAAGGACGCGCUCCGAGAGCAAGGACUGAUCGCUUCAAGGGCUUUUUUUUUCUUCUUCUUUCCUCCGAGUCCUCUCGAGCUUCGAGGGGCGAAGCGGGCUCCGAGUCGAUUGUUGACGAGCGGGACGUCUCCGUUUGCCUGUUUGACCGCCCCCCCCUCCCCCCCCGGAGCCCAGAAAACAAACUGUGGGUUUUGUUGCGUGGAGGCGUCACGGGAGAAGACCCUCGUUCAAUGCUGGGGUCGGCGAGGUGCGUUUAGGGGCCGGCGCGCAGAGUAGUUUAGCUCCAAAAAUACCGAAGCUAUUUUGGGAAGUCCGAUUUUCUAAUGGUCUGUUUUUAUUUUUGCUGUUGUGAUCUGUGGCAUGUACAGGGGGAAACCCCCCCCCCCCCCACUGAUGAAUGUGUUUUUGUGAUACGAUGUAUCUAUUUAUUUAUUCAUUAUUUGCUGCCAUUUUUUUUUUUUUGACAUUUGCAUACCCCAUGAUGCAUGAUGGAGUGAGAAAGAUGCUGCUGCUGUCGAAGCUGACAUAUCUGGAGCUUUCGGGCUGUUAAGCAGUAAGUUUGCUCAGCAUUUCUUCAGCGCUUCACUGGCGAAUGGCUUCAAGUAGUAAAAAAGACAGAGAGUCACGUUUUGCUUUCUUCUUAAAACGGUUCCUGCAAGUCAUCCUUGUCACGUGAUUGAUCUGCCACGUUGCUGCUCCGUCAGUGCAAAGAUUAGGAGUGAUUAUUGAUCUUCAUGAAAAAUGCAUGACACUCUUUGUUUUAUGUUGCACGAGAGAUUUUCCAGACAGCUUUACCAAUACUGCGCACACUUUCUGUCUCACGAGGGACCAAGAUCUGUUUUGACACUUGUGAAAAUUGAUCUUUUUUUAGGAUUCUACGUCUUCAGUGCUGCUCGGUUUGACCAUAUCAUACUUUAUAAGAUGGCUGCAUUUUUAUGAGAUCCUGUAUUUUACCUUAGCAGGUUCGCAGGUACUUUCAAAGUGGAUAAAAGCAUCAGAAAAAAAAAAUCUUGUGUUCAAUCGGACUGUAUGUUGUUACAGUAACUGUAUUGUUGGAUAUGCACAAGAGGCAGUUUGAGUGGUCAUUGAUUUGCUCCGAUGUGUACGGUUGAGUGUUUGCAGUUCGUUGCGCAUUAAAGCAUGCAUUGACCAAUUAAGGUCUAAAAACAAAAUGACUAUUGACAUUCAUGUACAAACUCGAUUUAAAGAAGAAAUACUGAAAAUCAAUCUCAUCCAAUAAUUACACUUUCGAGAGGCUUUUCCCAGCCACUAACGUGCACACACAAAGGAAUGAAUGAUGCACCUUUUUACUAAAUAAAAAGUAAUUCAUUAGAUAUUACACAAAAGCACUUUUAUCUCAUUCAGUCCCACCAAACAGAUUUUAGAGAAUGUGUUAGUGACAACCAGCAUGACACACAAUUGGUAAAUGUUUUGUUUUUAACCGAAUCACACUCCUUUCAGUCAUUAAAAAGUGCCAUACACCGGUGGAGACGGAUCCGAGUGUCCCCUCUCUUUGCUUUUUUGUACAGUGAGGUUGUAUUUUUGUAACACAGUAUUUUUUAUUUUUCUGCUUAAUGCUUUUACUCUAGAACUAGCACCAUGUUGUUCUGCCUAACAACAAAUACUGCCUGCCAAUGUUGAAUGGGAAAAGUGAUAAUGGAUGUAAUAAUAAAAAAAUAAAUAAAC